AUGUCUUUAAAAGCUUUUGUUGCCGUGCUGGUGGGCAUCAACUACGCCGGCAGGGGCGACGAAGAGCUCAAGGGCUGCCUCAACGACGUGGCCCGCAUGCGCCGCUGCCUCGUCGACCGCUUCGGCUUCGACGAGGCCGGCAUCCGCGUGCUCGCCGACGCCGACCCGUCCACGCCGCCGCCCACGGGGGCCAACAUCCGGCGGGAGCUCGAGCGGCUGGUGGCGGGAGCGCGCGCCGGGGACACGCUCUUCUUCCACUACAGCGGCCACGGCCUGCAGCUGCCCGCCGAGACCGGGGAGGACGACGACACCGGGUACGACGAGUGCAUCGUGCCCUGCGACGGCAACCUCAUCAAAGAUCACGAUUUCAAGGAACUCGUGGCGAAGGUCCCUGAUGGCUGCCUCCUCACCAUAGUCUCGGACUCGUGCCACAGUGGAGGCCUGAUCGACAUGUUGGAAAUUUUGUGA